AAACUUUCACAUUAAUAGCCGUAUACGAGCCUAGCACGGGGACCGUGCAUACUUGGUCAUUGCGUGUGGUGUUGGCGUUUAGUUGGUUUAGUGCGGUGACUGCCCACGCGUAAGCAAUGUCUGGAGACAAACAAAACGUGCUUUCGAUCUCCAUGCUUGACAUCGGAGCCCUCGCACAGUUGAAACAGCAUAUUGAACAGGAACUCGAUUUCUUCAGUACCUCGUUGCAGCAGCUUAAAGCUGCACAGACGAAGUUCCAGGAAUCAGAAGGAUGCCUGGAUAUGCUGAAACCCUCGUGCGAAGGAAAAGACAUCCUUGUGCCUUUGACAAGCUCCAUGUAUGUACCUGGUAGACUCGUGGAUGUCAACAAAGUCACUGUUGACAUUGGAACUGGCUACUAUGUGGAAAAGGACGUCAGUGCAUCGAAGGACUAUUUUAAGCGACGAGUCAAGUAUAUCACAGACCAAAUGGAAAAAAUACAGAAAGUUGCUCAGGAGAAGGUGGCACUUCGAGAAGCCAUUGUUGAAACCAUGGACAAGAAGAUCCAGGCAACUUUUGCUGCUCAAGCUGCUGCAGCUGCACCCAAAAGUUGAGACAUGCUGUCACAAGACUUGUACUACUAUUUAUGCUGCUAUAGUGAUCCUUCUACAGAUCAAAAUAAAAGCCUAAGAAAUUU